GCGCCGGCGCGCGGGCGCGCGGGAGGGAGGACACCGUGGCCGGGAUGGAGAGGCGCAAAGGGAAGACGGAGAGGACAAAGGUGGCCGAGAGGGACAGCAUUAGGGGAACGGGGAAGGAAGAGAAAAGGAAAGGGGUGGGAGAGAAAAUUCAGGGAAAAGAAAAAGGGAAGAUGCAAGUGAACGGGACGGAAGGGAAGAGGACAGAUAACGAGGAGGAAAAGAGGAAGGAGCAAAACAAGGAGACGGAGAAAGAGAAGGAACAGGUGGAAGAAAAACGCGAGGAGCAGCACGCCGGCACCUGGACAAGCCGCCCGCCCCUGCCUUCGGAGGAAAGUAAGCAGAUCCUGGUUCUAGGCCUGGAUGGAGCAGGGAAAACCAGCGUCCUCCACACUUUAGCAUCAAACAGAGUCCUGAGCAGCGUGGCACCCACCCAAGGUUUCAAUGCAGUGAACAUCGAUGCAGGAGGUGGUCUCAUGGAGUUUUUGGAGAUUGGUGGCAGCGAGCCUUCCCGUUCCUCCUGGGAGAUGCACCUGUCCAAGGGAUUGCUGCUCAUCUUCGUGGUGGAUUCAGCCGAUCACCAUCGGCUGCCAGAAGCCAAGAAAUACCUUCACCAGCUCGUCGAAGCCAACCCAAUCAUUCCUCUGGUUGUGUUUGCACACAAACAGGAUCUGGAGGCAGCCUAUGACAUUACAGACAUCCACGAAGCCCUGGCGUUGUCUGAGGUGGGCAAUGACAGGCAGCUGUUCUUGUUUGGGACUCAAGUGACAGAGAAGGAGAUCAGCGCAGAGGUCCCCUCCACCAUCGAAGACGCCAAACACCUGAUUGCAUACCUGGCUGCCGGCAGGCCAUGACCCGGCCGUGGCCCACAGGUUUUCAGCGCUGAGUGUCCUCAGGCAGCGCUGCCUGGCAG